AUGAGAACCGGGAACCUGCUGCUGCAGAACUUUGCAGCUCGGCCCUGCAGAACCUCCAGAACCAGGACCCACUUCAACUCAAAGGCUCCGGGUGGUUCUGGAGCCUGCAGCAUGCGGCUCCCCGUUGGUCUGGACGGACCCAGAGUCCCGGAGAAGAUGCGGGUUCUGGUUCUGCUGGCCGUCUGUGUGACCCUCCACUCAUGCCGGGGCCUCCCCAGCCGGCUGCCCGCCCUCAGCGCCUCCUCUCCCGGCCAGCUGCUGCUCUCCGACCCGCUGCUGGACUACGACCGGCUGGACGAGGAGCUCGGCGGCGGGAACCGGACCGGCGGAGCGGAGCGCUGCGGGCCGUGUGAGCCGGACCUGUGCCCGGAGACCCGCGGCUGCCGGGCCGGACUGGUGCCGGACUCCUGCGGCUGCUGCCUGGAGUGCGGGAACCUGGAGGGACAAGCCUGCGACCCGGGGGACCGGAGCCGGUUCUACGGGCUGUGCGGCACCGGGCUGCGGUGUGAGGCGGAGCGGCGGUCCGCAGGAAGAGCACCGGGACCGGCGGCGGCGGCGGAGGAGGAGGAGGAGGAGGAGGAGGAGGCGGUGUGCGCGUGUGAGGAGCAGCAGCCGGUCUGCGGGUCGGACGGAACCACGUACAUGAACAUGUGUCGGUUCCGAGAGGCCGCGUUCUCCAACCCGCAACUGCAGAGCAGAGGGAGGAGCCCGUGCAGGACAGUGCCGGUCAUCAAGGUCCCUCCUCAGAACCAGGUCAACGGGACGGGCAGCAGUCUGGUGUUUCUCUGCGAGGUCUUUGCGUUUCCGAUGGCUCUGGUCGAGUGGAGGAAGGAGGGACGAGACGUCGUCCUGCCCGGAGACGACCCUCACAUCUCCGUCCAGUCUAGGGGCGGGCCUCUUAAAUUCGAGCUCUCCAGUUGGCUGCAGAUCGAGGGGGCGGAGCCCGGAGACUCUGGAACCUAUCGCUGCAUAGCUCGCAACAACCUGGGAUCAGUCUCCGCCUCCGCCGUACUGGGAGUUCUGGGAGCAGAGGAGCUGUCGUCCUACUUGGCCAACAGUGUGUCUGAGAUGAAGCAGCUGAUGGAGGCCACAGACUACGACCAGGACUUUUAUUGACCUUCAGGUGAUGUCACUUCCUCUGUCCGGCGGCCAUGACAGCGGUCAGGUGACGGUCAGGUGACGGACUGAACAGACUUUUGUUUUGGAACCAAAGAGGCGGAGCUCAGAGGUGCAGAUCAGCUGAUGAACGCUAUCAUAUUAAUAGUUAUUCUUCUCUUUGUACAUGAACGUUACUCUGACGCCACUCGGGGUCGCGACUCGGAGGCUCAGCAUGUUGAACAUGUUGUUGAUGUCGCAGGUUCAAGCCCGAGUUCCCUGUCGCUGCCGUCGGUGUGAAACUUUUUUUAAUAUUAAUUAAAGGAAAAAGAACAAA